AUAAAUAGUAGUCGCUUUCUGUCAGUCCCGUUAGAAGUGUGCAAAGAAAUUCGCGAGUAAAGCAACAACAUAGCCGCGACUAAAAAGUCAGAAAAUAUCUAAACUAGAAAGAACUAUGGCAGGAGUCUGCAAUAUUCUGUGUCUGGUUGCAAUCGCGGUUACUGUUGUAACCGCGACCGAUUACUGCAACGUGAAAUCAUGUACAGACAAAAGUAGUCAUACCAUGUGCAAGUAUUCUUCAGCAUCACCAGCAGAAGCAUGCAACCAAUCGAAUAAUAUUGGCCUUAGUAAUGCUGACAAAAAUGCUAUAGUAGCUAAACACAAUGAACUGAGACAAAAAGUCGCAUCGGGUCAGGAAACCAGGGGACGCCCUGGUCCGCAACCUGCAGCGGUUAACAUGCCUAACUUGGUUUGGGAUGACGAAUUGGCGAUGAUUGCCCAAAAGUGGGCCAAUCAAUGCAAUUUUAGUCACGACAAAUGCAGAAAUUCAGAUAGAUUUGCGGUUGGCCAGAACAUAGCCAAGACAAUGCACUCGGGAGAAAACACAUCCAGUUUGCAAAGUAUGAUCCAAAUGUGGUACGAUGAAGUGGAUAAGUUCGAUAAAAAUGGCGUUUCUUCAUAUAAAUUUAGUCCGGAAACGGGCCACUAUACGCAAUUGGUCUGGGCUACUACGACGAAGAUCGGUUGCGGACGAAUAAUGUAUAAAUCAAAUGGCUGGAAUAACCAUUUUCUAGUUUGUAAUUAUGGUCCAAGUGGAAAUUGGAUCGGUAACAGAAUAUAUGAGAAGAAAUAACUUCUGCCGAUAUGUUACAGAUGUACCUAAAUAUAAAAGCUAUCAGCAUGAAAAUUGUAAAAAAAAUGCACCGAGGUUUUAUCUUUAGAAAUACAUAAUUGCAGCAAUUAUAAUAA